AUGAGCUACCACACAAUGCUCACCAUAAUGACGGAAACAUGCAUCCACCGCAAUAGCGAAAUGAUAUUCGAUAAUCACGCCCACCAAUUCACCGAACUCAUUAACCAUCUCUCCAAAACAUACGAACUCUGUACGCAAGACCUAAAAGCGGCCUCAAACUCGUCUAGCGCCGUCCAGCACGGCUCAAAGGGAGAACGCAAGUGGACACAAAGCCAAAGCCAAAGCCACGACAUGGCCCACACAAUCAUCGAUCUCGGCUGGUUCAUCCCGCUCUUCUACGUUGCCGUUAAAUGUCGCAAUCGGGAUAUACGACGCCAGGCAGCCCAGCUUCUUCAAUUAACAAACCACCGCGAGGGGUUCUGGGAUGGGAAAAUUACUGCGUGCAUCGCGAAACGUGUGAUAGAGAUUGAGGAAGGGGAUUUCUAUGAUGGCUUUGAUGACACUGAGCAUUCUCCAUCGACGAACUCGGUAGGGCCGGGUCUGACACUACCAGAGUCAAGUCGUAUUCGAGAUCUCGAAGUGCAGAUGGAGGGGAAUCCGUUAGAGAAGGUUCUUUUAUACGGAGGGUUUGAGGGUAUAGGCGAUAUUAGUGUUUGCAUUGGGGAAUACCAUGUCCUGGAACAGCGAUGGGUAUAA